AUGUUUGGAAAGGGUCCGGUGGGACCUCGACCCCCCGCCAUGACCUCCCCCUCGCCAGCGCACAAUCACUACAGCUACCACUCUCCAACUUCCAGCGAAAUAGGUCGCUCCAGGCAGAAUUCGGACGCGAUGGACAUUCAGGCUCUUACUGAGCGCGAGUCGGGCGCGAGGUACGGGGCAAUUGGCGGGCCCUGGAAUCGGAAUGGGUCUCCAAGUAUGAGUCCCAACUAUAGCAACAACGGCGAGCGAACCCAAUUCCAUGAAGAGAACGGCCGCACCUACCAUGGCUUCCGCAGGGGCAUGUAUUUCCUCCCGUGCGACGAGCAAGAGCAGGACCGCCUCGACAUCUUCCAUAAACUUUUUACGGUAGCGCGCGUAUCGGAAAGCCUGAUCUACGCGCCCCAUCCUGGCAACGGCCGUUUCUUAGACCUAGGGUGUGGAACUGGUAUCUGGGCGAUCGAAGUAGCAAGCAAAUACCCUGACGCCUUCGUUGCCGGCGUGGAUCUGGCUCCCAUCCAACCCCCGAAUCACCCGAAGAACUGCGAGUUCUAUUCACCCUUCGACUUCGAGGCCCCUUGGGCGAUGGGCGAGGAUUCGUGGGACCUCAUCCAUCUACAGAUGGGUUGCGGCAGUGUCAUGGGCUGGCCGAACUUGUACCAGAGGAUCUUCUCACACCUUCGCCCGGGAGCCUGGUUCGAGCAGGUCGAAAUUGAUUUCGAGCCCCGCUGCGAUGAUCGGUCACUGGACGGAUUGGCCCUGCGCCAUUGGUAUCAAUACCUGAAGCAGGCGACAGCGGAAACCAUGCGCCCGAUUGCUCAUAGCUCUCGCGACACCAUCAAAUACCUCCAGGACGUCGGCUUCACGGAUAUCGACCACCAAAUUGUCGGUCUCCCGCUCAACCCGUGGCAUCAAGACGAGCACGAGAGGAAGGUCGCGCGAUGGUAUAAUCUAGCCGUCUCAGAGAGCAUCGAAAAUCUCAGUAUAGCCCCGUUUAGUCGCGUCUUUGGCUGGCCCGUGGAGAAAAUCCAGCAGCUCGCCUCGGACGUCAAAACUGAGGCAUUCAACAAGGAAAUCCACGCCUACAAUAUCCUGCACAUAUACCAAGCGCGGAAACCAUUGAGAUAA